AAAUAUUCAUGAAGAGUUUAGAAAAUGUAUUAAGAGUCGAUUCGAUUUUUUUGCGCACGAGGGCGCGCGUUUUAUUUCCCCACUUUUGCAACUUAGUUUGUUUUAAUGACCGUGUAGUUUUAAUGUUGCCGGUAAUUCAGUUUGUACACGUCAUGACUGGAGUUUGGUGUGUUCUUCAGUCUGCACACUGUUCCCACGGAUUCUACAGUCUUUACAGAUAACAGUUUAAGUUGAGAACUGAAGCUUUUUGCUCUUGGCUGUUUGUCCUCACUGGAGAUUACAUGGUUACAUUGGAAGUGCGCCAUAGUGUUUAAUCCGCCGCCUGUGUUAGAUGGUCCCAUCUUAUCUCAGGAUAGUGGUCUGGCUGGAGCAUUCUCUCAGGCGACUCUUGGUGCAGUGGCCGGUGUUAAACUUGAGGCGGUCAUGGAGCAGCUCCAGAGGCAGCAGCAAGCGAAACUGGACAUGGAGAGAAAAGAGCGACACCUGAGCGAAGCCCACAUCCUGUAUGCCCAGCAGCUUGCUGCUCAACACGCCAUCAUGGCUUCUGCCCGUGCCCAGGGAAUACCAAUAAACCCAGAAUACUUCAGCAACAGUUCCAGAGAACAAAUGCUGAAAAACAGCCAAGGGCCUCCAACCAGGGUUUCUACCCAAAGUAGUGUAGAAUCUGUGCAAGAUGGAGAGGACGAUGAAGAGAUGAACAGAGGACCGGCUUCUGCUGGAGAAGAUGAAGAUGAGGAGAUGAUGGAUGGUGAGGAUGGAAGUGAGGAUGACGAAGGCGAUGGUUUGGAGUUUCUCAGAAAGCAAAGCCUGGCUCUUCAGCAGCAGGGGGUGGGAAUCGCUCCAUACCCUUUCCCAGUCUAUGCUGCUUCUCCUGCAGCUGCAAAAAAACGAGCCCGCUCACCUCCACCAAAAGUGAAGGAUGAACCAGAGGACAGCCCAUCCCCUACUGAGCAGCAUUCAUUCAAUACGCCAAAUGGUCUUGCCGACUGGAGUUUUGAAGACUCAAUCAAACAGAAUGGCAAUGCGAGUUGGAAUGAAGAAAGCGAUGGAGGGAGAGGGAGAGGGGAGGCCUCCAGAGACUUUGCCAAGCUUUAUGAACUGGACAGUGACCCUAACCGGAAGGAGUUUCUAGAUGACCUAUUCACCUUCAUGCAGAAAAGAGGUACCCCAGUGAAUCGUAUCCCCAUCAUGGCCAAGCAGGUGCUGGACCUCUAUAAGCUCUAUAAGCUUGUGACCGAGAAGGGAGGUCUGGUGGAGGUGAUCAAUAAGAAAAUCUGGAGAGAGAUAACUAAAGGUUUAAACCUGCCCACCUCCAUCACCAGCGCUGCCUUCACCCUCCGCACACAGUAUAUGAAGUACCUGUAUCCAUAUGAAUGUGAGAAGAAAGGACUCAGUUCCCCAGGAGAGCUGCAGGCCGCCAUCGACAGCAACCGCAGAGAAGGCCGUCGGCCCGGGUACAGUAACAGCCUGUACCGCUUCUCUCCUUCCCCCAGCGGUGGAGCCCCUCACCUCCUCUCUCCUCCUAAAAUGCACCUGCCUAACUCCGGGCACAACGGCAUGCAGAGCACACCGGGUCCAGCCCUUAAGAAAGCGACAGUUCCUGAAGAUGGUCCAGCUUCUAUGUUGCCUGGUAGACUACCCUUGGCUCUGGCACUAGGCCACCAACAGCAGCUGGCACGGGCUGCCACAUUGGAACAGUUGCGUGAGAGGUUGGAGACGGGCAUGGGUGCUUCAGCUCUGGCAACUGGUGCCUCUGCCAUAGAGGGGCCUGAGAGGAAGAUGGCCCGCCUGGCUGAAGAGCAGCAGAGGCUUCUGCAGCAGGCCUUCCAGCAGAACCUGCUUGCAAUGGCCUCACAAGUGAACCCUGGCAAUCUGCGCCUCAACACUACCAGUACCCCCCGUGAGGAAAAGCAGGAUCUGUCUCUUAGUAUCUCCUCAAAUGGAUCAGCCAGUAUCACUGUCUCAAUAGAGGUUAAUGGGAUCAUUUACUCAGGAUCACUGUAUGCUCAGAAGUCAUCUGGAACUCCAGCUACUCUUAUAGGCCAGAAUUGCUCUGUCGAUCCCAAUGGCCCCUCCUCCUCUAAAGGUUCUGGCUCUACAGAGCCUGCUGCUAUCGGCUCUCCUUAGCUCCCAGCAGCCACACGGACUCUCUCUCUCCUUUACAGAGAGUCUAGUGGUAUACAAAGCCAAGUCUACCUCCUUUUUGAGACAUCGGGUUUAUUCUGCUGAGAGUGAUUACACACUUACAAAGAUGAGCUGUAAUUAUUCCGCCCUUUUGCAGAAGACCUCUGCCCUUUACCACUAACCUGCUAUAGAUUCUCUCAGGACCUGAACGAUCAUGACAAUGGUCUGAUUACAACAAAUACUCACAUGUUUUAAUGACAAUGUCCUGGGCAUCUUUCUGUGCUCUAGACAUUUGAUACUAAUGCAAUAUGCCUUCCUCUAUGCAUUUAUUCCCAGUGAGUCAUCCACCUGCAAACAAUCAUGGCACAAAAUAUUCUGCCAAAAUCAUACAGCGGGUGUUUGAUUGUUGGACAUUUUUCCAUCAGUACUGUUUGUUUUGAAGAGUUUACCGUAUGUGUGCACAUCAGUAAUAGAUUCCCAAGCAUCCGGAUUGGAUUUUUGUUUUUCCUUUGUUUUUCUGUUGUUCUGUCUAUUGUCUGGGUAGAGGAGUUUCCUGGUUUUGUGCAUUUUGCUUUAUUUAAAAUGGAUCAUUUUUUUUUCUUCUCAUUUUUUACUUUGUCUAUUACUUGAUUUGAUUGGAUUUUUUUAGUCUAGAUAUCCCUAAGUAUUGUAUUGUUUUGAGUAUUGAAACUGAUAUUUACAAAGCCAAAUGCAAACUUAUUUUCAUUUACAAACUACAAAGAAAAAAAGAAUUAAGACCAUAGUGGGGACAGCGUUCCACGUCAAUCAUUUCGUUGGCAGCGUUAGACGAUCAAUUAGGCUCACACAUUUGGGCCCUUAUUCCUUGACUCCAUGGAGCAGGAUCGAAGCAGUUUUCAGAAAUAUUUACAAACCACUCCAGAUAUUAGAAUGCUGAAACGAAGGACCAGGGUAUUUGUUUAUAAAUAGUGUUCUUUCAAUAUAUACUGGUUUUAAUAACCAUGUGCUUUAACAUAACCGUAACAACUCGCUUCUUUCUUUCCCCUUUUUAUUUUCACUUUUUCAGAAGCCUCAAAUGUCUUUCCAUAUUGGAAAGCUAGUUCUCAGGAAUUUCAGAUCGAUCUCAGCGUUAGUUUGCAAUUUAUUUUAAAUCUUAGCACCAAGUCGCCUCACGUAUCAAGGCUAGAUAUACCUCAGCGGCAGAAAGUGACUAUAGCUACCUCAAAGUUAUCUUUAUAUAGUAUGAGUUAGGAUUUACCUCAGAAUCAGCUCCUGAUAAAUCAAGACAAAUAAAGAAUAUUAUACGCUUUAUGAAUGACUUUUUAGUGAAUUCCAAAGUAUUCUCAGGUUGCUAGUACAAAAAUACCUCAUACAGAUAAUGGCAAAAUAGGAACAUCAUUUUUUUUUUACUAUGUGAGAAGAGUUAUUUAUGUGCAGAUGCUUGAUCUCUAUUUGCUCUGUUUGCUGUACUUAUCUGAUGACUACAUAGCUUCUAACCAAAGAUCAUCAAACUGUAUUUCUACUGUGUUCUUUCUGGUGUUCUUACUUUAUUUACGCAUGGAGCUUGACAAAGUGGAAUUAAAGUCUGAUUUAAUGCA